AUGGUGCAAGCAUCGGUGAUAAGCCACAUGAGACACAGUUUAAUUGAUCUCGAGAACCCUGGGCAAAUCUUGUCCGGGUUCAACGGAGCAGCUACUACUUCUUUGGGAGACAUUGUGUUGUCAGUCCAAGUUGGCCCAAUCACCCUCAACGUUCAAUUUUCGGUGGUACAAGAUUUAUCGCCCUUCAACAUUAUCUUAGGGCGCACAUGGCUGCACUACAUGAACGUCAUCCAUUCCACGUAUCAUCAAAUGGUAAGCUUCCUCACCGAGGAUGGGCAAAUCGACCUAUACGGCAACCAGCUAGCCGCUCGCCAAUGCUACCAGAUAGCAAGAGAAGCAAGAACCAGCCAGGAGGAUAAGCCCCUCCUUGAGUCCACCCACGCACUUGACCAAUAG